AGGUUUUGAAUUAUUCGAUCCUGCCCAUUUGCAUUUGCAUUUCCCGGUUUCUUUGUGUUGUGUAUGAUUGAUUGCAGACAAUUGAUUCGAAAAGAAGAACACAAGCAGAUAACAUCUUCCAACUUUGUUCUAGACACCAACAGACCGACUUACAGAAGCAAAGAAAGAUGUCGUCCCGUUUGUUCAGUCGUCCCCACUCUGGAACGAGCGAUGCCGCUGCUGGGCAGGGCACGACAAUGGUUGGUGCGAAGGCCUAUCCUUGCCAAGGCAGUUAUGUGGAGCCCGAUGGAGACUAUGCCAGCUCGCGACCUCCGUUGAUUGAAACAGUGUCUACUUACACUUACCUGAAGAGCGAGCAACGAAAACGACUACAACCGGUAAACAGUUCAGCCGCGAAGGCGACUGAUAAUAGUUGUAGCAGCUUCACCCCGAGUUCAUUUCUUGAAGAAAAUGCUCCCGUGCUUUCUGCGAAUCAGUUCGAAGUUGAUAAAGUAUCAGGCGAGCAGCAUGCCUUCGUAGAAGAUGAUGCUUGCGUUCCUGCUGUAGUCGCGCAGGUCUUGAAGUAUCCAUGCACGCAGAGAACGACCACGACGCUUCCGCGACCAAUAGAUCUGAGUCUCUAUCGCGGUCUACGCUUGCUCGCAAAAGACGCCUCCAGUGCGACUGCGACCAUGAUAAUGGCGGGAAUGGAUUUUGGCCCUACAUUUCCGUCAACGAAAGCAGUCUUCUUCGAGCUGAAUGCGGAGCUUGUCGGUGUCUUAGGAAUACCUGAGAUAGGCGACCACUUGUUGGUACAUGAGGAGGUGAUCGGCAAUGGGGAGGACCAUGAUGAUUUUCUUAAGAUUUAGUAGCAGCAUAUAAAAAUAUUUUUGAUGGUUACUUAAUACACACUCAGAGAUACAACAUAGCAGGACGAGGAUGUUUGAUCCGUUUGAAACUACCUUCAUGUGCUUACUAGAAUCUGGUCUAAUGGGGGCCUUUUGCGAUCUCGUUUCGUUGCAACGGCCUUGGUGCUCAGGCUGUUGCGCGUGUUUGAGGCUGCAGCGGAGGAGCAAGCGGCGUUGCGACCACCUGGAAAAGAUACGAAGGGCAAAAAGGGAAAAGGCAAGGGUAAAGUGGUCAAAGGAGAGAAUGGAGAGUUCUUGAUAUCUACGAAAGGGAAAGAUAACCGGCCCCACUGGCACUCAAAAGAUGGAGAGAAAUCGCACCACAGCUAUGGGCCCACGUACCACAAGCAGUCGUCGACGUCGCUUUUUUCUUCCUCAACAUCAAUUGCAGUAGACGAUAAUGGCCUCCCUCUAGAGGAUACUCCGAGCGCACGCAAAAUGCUUUAUGCUGCCGCAUUGAACUUCUCCUAUCGCGCUUGCCGCAUACUCAUCGAGAAGGACCACAAAGAAGAACAACAGGGAACAUCCGAUAUUACCCGCGACAAUUUUGAUUAUGAAAUUACACGUGAUGCACUUGCUUAAUUGAAAAUGUCCUCGCGACACCCCCAACGUCAAGCGCAUAAUGUGAAUAAGAUCCUACCAGGCACCUGGUGAUCCUUUCAGAGCAGGUCUUAUUCAGAUGUUCGGACAUGGGUACAAGAACGAAGUUUUUAUGUAUUUGAUAAACAAGACAGCAUAGGGGAAUAACCACCAUCGGCGCACUUUCUUACGGCUCGUCUAAUGUGCGCAGCGACUACACGAACAUAACUUGUCCCAGUUACAUCGAAGUUUACGUUCUCUUGACCAUUUUUUGGGCAAAAUGUCCCUCUUGAGGGUAGUGGAUAGCGCUCUCGCGCAAGGUCCGAUCAGUGGCAAGACAUCACCCGCGUCAAUUCGAUGGUCGCAAUUCGGCAUGUGGCACCUUCUCGCACCGCAUAUGAUGAGCCCUCUACCAAGAAGACCUGGGGGAGACGCUAAUGAAAGGAAAGAUCUAGAGUUUAUCGUGUUGACACCUCGCUUUUUCUUGGUGGAUUUAGCCUGUAGUGCCGAUUCCUCACCGUUCAGCAUUGAGAAGCAGAUGCCGCUUGUGGUGGACGACCGGGGGCGCGUUUUCAUCGGUCAAUGGGAUAAAUUCGACGAUCGAGAGUACCAUGACGGUAUGCGACAAGGCUAUCAUUUUGAGUCACAGAUAUUGGCAGACCACGAAGGAACUCCUGGUGCACGCACUCAUUUGCUAACAACACUGACUUUUCCGCAAAGUGGAGUGCGGUGUGUCUAUUCUUGCGCGCCUGAUUUCGCGAUCAAGGAAAAGCUGGAUGAACUUGGCAAUUCACAUCCUGGCCAGGGAAAAGCUGACAGCUUGGAGAGUUUCUCAUACUGGUGUGCUGUUUCGAGAGAGCGGGAGCAAGUUUCCGAUGCGGAUAUGUCCAUGAAACGAAAAGAGAUGCUUGAUUGGGUAAAAACAGGCCUUGUUUCAAACAGAAAAGAUUUCGAUAGGACCGAAAGGACAGCCUCGAGCAGUUCCGCGACGUCGGCAACAAUUGACAAUACCAUCGAUAGCACGUAUCAGAAGGACGAGAAGCAUGACGUCCGCAUGGAAAUUGGAGGGUCUGGGACAGCUUCAUCGUUUACAGCAGGCGGUAUACAGAAUACCACUCGCAGCACUGUCAAUGUGUGGAGGCGAAACGCCGAUAACAGCGGAACGGCUACUGCCCAGCAUUUACCAAGUGGUGUAUUUGGGGAACUCAAGAAAACUACACACUUAUUUGGCCGCGGAGGAGCGAUCAAGAAGCUAAAGUUCUGGCUACAAGCCUACCUGUUAAGGCUUUCGCGGAGGUGGUUAAUUUGGUGAUCAUCGUUUCCUGAGCAGUAUAUCCAUGUACACAUUGCUCUUCAAUAAGAACCAAGAAUGGGAAUAAACUGCGUCUUGUUCUUCUCAUCCUUCUCAGCAUGCGUUCUGAUGAAAUUCAGUUGAGUACUUAACUACAAAAAUUGAAAUUCAAAUUGAACUAUCCUCAAUAUCCGAAGAGUAACUGUAGUCUAAGCUUGGGUGGCAUCGACGUCGUCGCAGUUGGGCUAAACGACCGAAACAGAGCAGAUGUGGUAUCGGAACUCUCGUGCUUCCGAACCGAGGAAUUGGUUGAAGAUGGAACGAAAAAGCGCACCUUGGCUCGGUUAGAGGACAUGCUGAUUUAAGGCUUUCCAAUUUCAAGAAGUUUUUGACGUUCACGUCUUCUAAGCCGCUUGAUAUUUGUUUCUCCGCUUCCUAUACGAAUACUUACUUGCAUAGUUCGUUUUAUUCAUUCUAUGACAACUAGCAGGGUGGGACGAUGGUGGAAGGAUUCCACCAAUGGCAUACUUUGUUUUCAAGGACACCUUGAGAAAGGGACAGGUUGUAUGCAUACUUAUGUAACUUCUAGGAAAGUACAGGGCAAGAAUUGAAAUCCUUUAAUUUACGUGGCUGAAGGAACAACUUUUGCGGCAUAAGGAGCAUGCUGUAAGUGGAGGCGUCUACACCUUCAAAGUACUAAAAGACGGAAAUUUCGCCAGGGAAGUGCGUUUAGAGCUCCACUAUCACAUAAAUGAAGCUGUGCCAUCUUUCAUUCGGAAUGUUUUCCUGGACAAGAAUGCGACCACCUAGUAGUAGAGUUACGUUCCUACAGCUCGUGCUCGACCUUAAGAGUUCACUAGUUACCUCACGAAUAGCUGUAUCAAUCGGAUUUGCGUGGUAGUUAUAGCAAAAGUUGAAAUGAACCCUAGUCAAACUACGCGUUUAGGUUUACUUUUCUACUCGAUCCUCCCAGGCCCCAGAUUGAAACUUCGACUUGAGCUUUCCUGGUAGUUUCCUGAAACCAACACAGAGAGCCAAGACUAUUUUGUGAUUUCAAGAAAAUGAAACUCCUGUGAGGAUGAUCCCCAAUUGAAAAGUUACUCGGUUUCCCCGAUUGUACACCACCC